AUUUUGUCGUUGAACUUUUGACGUUUGGUUGGAACAGGUGUUGGUGUUUAUGAAUUUUAUGCACUGCAGUUUGUUAAUUAUUCGAAAAAAUCCUGGAAAGUGCAAUGGUAUUCUGAAUAAAAUGGAGUACUGAACAUUGUUACUGGCUCAAAAUGUUCAUAGAAGACUUACGGACAGAUUUUUACGACGUAUUACUCGGAAAUAGGGUGUUGUUGUUAGUACAUUACGACGUGGACGCAAUCUGUACGUGUAAAAUUUUGCAAGAACUGUUUAAAUGUGACAAUAUUUCGUACACAUUAGUUCCAGUGGGGGGUAUAGUUGAUUUGAAAACGGCUUAUGAAGAAAACAAUGAAGAAAUAAAGUAUGUGGUGUUGGUGAACUGUGGCGGGACUAUUGAUUUAGUGGAGGUUUUGCAGCCAGAGGAAGAUGUGGUGUUUUUUGUGUUAGAUUCUCAUAAACCUACAGACAUUUGUAAUGUGUAUAGUGAUGGGCAGGUUAGGUUAGUGUAUAAAGACAGUGAAGAGAACAUUCCCAAUUUUGAUGAUAUUUUCAGAGAUGAUGAAGAUGAGGAUGAGCAACCCGCUGAGAGUGGCAUGGAAGCCCUGGAGGCUGUGGUGGAAAAGCGCCGUGAAAGACGGGAAUGGGAGGAGCGCCGACACACGCUUAUGUUUAACUAUACACAGUUCUCUUAUUUCGGGAAACCUAGCGCUUGCGUGGCGCUGGAGGUGUCGCGACGCGUGUCGCGCGGCGCGCGCGGCGCCGCGUGGGCGUGCGGCGUCGCGUUGGCGGCGCACGCGGCGCUGCAUGCGCGCACUCCCGCGCGCUGUGUGCUGGACGCCGACGAUCUGCAUCGGAGGAUCAGCAGCCAGCCGGAAACUGACCAUGCUUCGUGUCGCGUUGUGCUUGAAAAAGACGUGUGGCUCCCCCUAUACCGCUCCUGGUCUUUAGAAGCGGCAUUACGUCAUGCUCCCUUGAUUGGCCCUGCACUGAAGCUUCACACACUCGCUGGGGAAGGCAGACUGCGUCAAUUACUGGCUAACAUGGGCUACCCGCUGUCGCAAGCGCGGCAGGCGUACCGCGCCAUGGACGUGGAGCUGCGACGCGGCGUCCGCGCGGCGCUCGAGCGCGCGUGCCCGGGCGCCGCGCGCGCCGCCUUCCUGCUGCGGCGUCCGCUCGCCGCCGACCUGCCCGCCUUGGAUAUGGUCUACGCCAUAAUGGCCUUGAUCGAACACGAAUCGCUGCCGAAAGCCACAGGUUUCCAACACGCCUUGUCCGCAUUGGACGUGACAGAGAUCAGCCCAGCCGUCACGCUGGGCGUGACGUCGGCGCAGAUGGCGCUGCAGGCGUGUCUGAAGGUCGUGAACGCCAUACUCAGCGCCAGGAAGCUGAUGAGGGCCGGCCCUUUUAGCUAUUUCAUUGUUCCGGAAGGCACGGCGGAGGCCCGCUGGUUGCGAGGCCCGCUGUGGCUGUCGCUGGCGGCGCGCUGGGCCGCGGCGGCUCAGCUCCGGGCGCCGCAGCCGCUGGUGGCCAGCGCUGCGCUCGACGACCACACCUGCAUACUGCUGGGGCUGCCGCCCAGGUUCGACCAAGAGCCUAGAAAUCUCUUCGGCGCGGCGUUCGAGCAAGCGGCAGCUCAGUGCGGCGCCGCCAUCUCCCUGGACCGCAUGGAGUCUGCAGUCAUCACGCUGCCCACCGCACAACGACCGCAGUUCCUGGACGCCUUGACCUCACUUCUAGCAUAACACAUGAUUACACACAUACAAUCCCAUCCCGUUUUGUCUAUUUUUAGGAUGAAAUAUUUUCUUAUGAUUUACUCAACAUCUGAUUCCAAUAAGUAAGUAAUUAAUGUAAGGAUAUUAAAUCUAAAAUGGAAUUGUAUAAUUAUGCACAACAUUAAAUCUGAUUUUCAAUUGAAUUUAAUAAUUUUUAAUUAAUCAAUCACAAAAUUAAAUGAAUUCCACAAAUACUCAGUACAAUGUUUUCAGACUUAUUGUAAUUAAUUAAUAAUAUAUAGGUUAAUUUAGUUUAAUAUUUAUGAUAAUUAGUUUUUGUAAUGGAAUAAAAUAAGUAAAUAAAACA